AUGUCUCCCUCUGCCCCCACUCCAGCUACUCCAUCCAACUACGCACUAUCAGCCUACGGAAACUACCCUUCCACCUCCGCGUCCGCAUCAGCGCCCACGCCAUCGGGAAGCCACAGCGGGAGCACCACCACUCCCGAUGAUGGCCGCGUCGGCCACGGCCAAGGGGAUGGACAAGAUGAUACGGAACCGGGGAGGAAGAGGAGGAAAGUGACGAGGAGUAGGCUUGGAUGUUUUACGUGUAGGAAACGGAGAAAGCUCUGUGAUAUGGGCAAGCCGGUAUGUCAGGCGUGUACGAGAUUGAAGAUGGAAUGCGUUUACCCCCCAGAUGGAGGAGCGAGGCCGCCAGAAGAACUGCGGCGUAAAUCGGAUCCCGCCAAUCCGACAAAGGCCAAGGGGCAUACACCUUACUCUCAAAGCGCCAACGUAUACCAUCCGCAUUUAUCUCCCAAACAACUAUACGAUCCUGGGCGCCAUGUCGCCGAAAGUAUGGCAAGGUCCACACCUGCGUCGAAUACGAUGGAUGAUUUCGUCACUAUAUUCGGAGAGAUUGGAGAUACGCGAGGGGGUAUGACUAUGGGUGGACCGACUGGGGGUAUAGGUUACAGCGGGCAGAUGUUGCCGCCUCCUGAUCCUGGAUUGGCAGAUUGGUUCAGUGGUGGAUCGAGUCUUGACGAGGCAACUCUGCAACUCUGGGCCGCCGACUGUCUCGCAGUCCCCACUACCCAGACAUUCAACGCCUUUGAAUCCCUCAACAACCUACUUCAACCCACUCCUCCGUCUCAUAACCAGCAGGACCCUACCGCUACAUCCUCCAACAAUCAAGCUGAUGCAGCUGAAACAGGCUGCGGCGCCGCCUUGCACUCUCAUCCAGGAUCUCGCCGGCCCUCGCCUUCCCGUAGCAGCGACCGCGACACCCCUACUACGACCUCCCAGACCGCCCUUCUCAACUAUUUCCAUGAAUCCCUCGCCCGGCUGGUAUCAUGUACCGGCGAUACCGCCCCCAGCGCAUUCGAAGCCUUCACAAAACUCGCCAACAUGACUGCCGGCGUCGGCCCUGCCAGCCAGGGCCUCCAUCUCAGCAUCCUAGCCUGGGCAGCGAGGCAUAUGGUCAAUAGGGGCUUGGUCAAAUAUGAGGCUGUGAGCGAAAAGUUUAGUGGGCAGGCGACGAGGUUGGUGGAUAGGCGCAUGUCGGAGUUGUUUGAUAGUAAGGGGGUGGAAAUUAGUGGGGGUGUGGAGGAGGAGGAUAGGGAUAGGGAGUAUAUGACUUUGUUGGCUGCUGCUGUUAUGCUGAUGCAGUUCAAGAUCUGCCGGGGCGACGUGUGGGCAUUCAAUACGGUUGUGAAGCAUCUGACGCGACUUGUGCCGUACGUCUUUCGUACGGAAGUGGACAUUGCUCCAGACUCGAUGUACUUGCAAUUUUUCGAAAACGUACUAUACCACGACGUCCUCUCCUCCUUCAUCCUCAACCAAGCCCCCAUGGUCCCCGAAGCCCUCAUCAAACACUACCACCCCUCUUCCCUCGAAACGCUGCACACCCUCACCGGCGCAUCAUUACCACUCUUUUCAACGAUGCACAGGAUCGCGUCGUUGGUAAGGCAGCGGCGGGCAAAGCGUGGGAAGAGGGCGGGGUGGAGCGAUGAAGAAUUGAUGGAUGUUUUGACGCCGGCGAGGGAGUUGGAGAGAGUUUUGGAGGAUGAGAAGAAGAGGUUGGAUGCGCUUGUUCUUGCCAAGCCCCACGUGAAACCCCAUCGAUAUCUCCACGAAGCUUUCCGCACCGCGUGUCUUCUCCAACUGCACUACCACGUCCUCAACGAAGCCCCCGCUUCUCUCCCUAUUCGUUUACUCGUACGACAGAGUUUGUCUCUGCUUGAAGCCAUGUCGGAUCAGAAUCUGCCCGGGUUAUGUUCGGCGCAUUGGGUCAUUUUUACGACUGCUUUGUGCUGCGUACCGGGCGGGCAGGAGGCGGGGGAGAUGGAUGAUAGGGAGAGGGUGGAUCGGAUCUAUGAUGAUAUACUACAAGAUUUCGGGUUCUUGAAUGUUGAGAGGUCGCGCAAGAUUGUGCAUGAGGUGUGGUCGCGUAAUGUUGGUGGAGCAGCUCAUUUCGACUGGCUGGACCUGCUUGAAGAGUAUGAUUGGGAGAUUUUCGUGGUUUGA